CUAUAAAAGCACUCUCGGUUUGUUAAUAUCCGUUACUUACCCCAUUCGCCGUCUCUCCCUCCCUCUCUCUAUACCUUAUCAUCAUCAAAGUAGUAGCUACGAUCAAAGAAUGUCCGAGGUAUCAGAAGAACCGAAAACAAAGGUUGAUUCUUCCGGAGAGUUAUCUGAUGUUGAUAACGACAACUGCAGUAGCAAUGGAAGUGGAAGUAGUAGUGGUGGUGAGACGAAGAGGACUUGCGUUGAUUGCGGCACAUUCCGUACUCCUCUUUGGCGUGGUGGCCCUGCUGGACCUAAGUCAUUGUGCAAUGCCUGUGGGAUCAAGAGCAGGAAGAAGAGGCAAGCCGCUCUCGGAAUCAAACCAGAGAAGAAAAACAAAAGAAGCAUCAGCAGUGAUACUAGUGAUCUAAGCCUCGACGAUGGAAACAAGACCAGCAAAGAUGAUGAUCACAGCAGCAAGUGUACUAGCAGCAGCAGCAAAAGAAUGGGUAGAUUUUUGGAUUUAGGGUUCAAAGUUCCGGUGAUGAAGAGAUCACCUGUUGAGAAGAAGAGGCUGUGGAGUAAACUAGGCGAGGAAGAGAGAGCCGCCGUGCUUCUCAUGGCUCUCUCUUGCGGCUCUGUGUUUGCUUAAAACGAUGAAGAACAAUAAAAGCUUCUUUUUCGUUUCUUUUUGGGUGACUUAAUUAGUUUAACUAUAUAUGUAGUACUGAUAUGUAAUUUGUUUGGUUGCUGCCACUUAUGUAAUGCGUUCAUUAGCUUAAUGAAUUUCAAUUUUUGAGAGCAUACAAAUGACUCAAAGAGCA